AUGACGGAGUAUUUGAAGGAUCUCGGCAGGACGGGGCCCGGGGACCCGAUGCCUCCCAUCAAUCUGGGCCCCUACGACAACCCAUUGUUGUGGAACAUGCUUGAUCCUUUCGGUGCAGACCGCGGCCACCAGCGCCGCCCAAUGUCUGUGUCCCGCAAUUUUAUGGAACUGCACAAUGUUCCGAUUGUAUUUAGGGACCAGUGCGUUCACCGAUGGGUGCCAUUUCACCGUUGCAUUAAAAAUUUGAAGCCAGUAACUUGGGGGACGACCAACUGCCACGAGUUUGAGGAGGCCUGGAUGGUGUGCCGCGCGUACGAAACGUACCGCAGUCAGCUUUUGAAGUCAAAGUUUAUGGAGCUAACGAAGGAUUACACGGCUGAGGACAAGAAGUUUUUCCCCAGCUUACUCUACUUGGGCGUUCCUACCUAUAUGAAUUCUUUUUAUUGGACCAUGGCGGCCUCACAACGACUUAGUGGAUGGGACGAAAAAGACCCCGCAAACCCAAUCAUGUGGCACGAACCUAAUAGAGCUCUUAUGCGCUCUGAGUUCUCCCCCACGAAUUGGGAACGAGGUACGAUGACAAAUGCAACUGGCCAUAAACUUAUUCCGGAUGAAAUUGUCCACGAUAUGGUGCCUGGAUUUCCGCUCCCAGAAGAUAAGCGUCCUGAGACACUUGUAUGA